UCUUCUUACACAUGGUUUAUUUAGAAGAAGCACGAGAUGUGAAAAUUUCGCUGAUUGUACGCCGAAGGCACAAGUAAAUUCAAUGGACAUUUUGCAUGAAUUUAGGUGACGCUUUUACAGCUUUUCACUCAUAAACUCACAGGCCAUUUACCAAGGAUAAUCUGAGAUCGUAUCUUCGUGGUGGACGGGGUUCACAACAGCGGGAAAAAAUGAAGCUCUCUGACUCUGUGAUGCGAAGCUUUCGCGUGGCCAAAUUGUACAAGGACCAGAACACUGAACGCAUCAACAGCAUUGACUUCUCGCACAAUGGAGAGACAAUGAUAUCCAGUAGCGAAGAUGACUCUAUUGUCAUUUAUGACUGCUUGGAGGGAAAACCUAAGAAGACACUGUACAGUAAAAAGUAUGGUGUGGACAUGAUCCGAUUCACGCAUGCGGUCAACACGGUCAUCUACACCUCCAAUAAAAUGGACGACAACAUCCGAUAUCUCUCGCUGCACGACAAUAAGUAUAUCAGAUACUUCUCUGGGCAUACUAAGAAAGUGGUCAGUUUAAGCAUGUCUCCGAUAGAUGAUAGUUUCCUGUCCGGAUCAUUGGACAAGACUGUCAGACUGUGGGACCUCAGGUCACCAAAUUGCCAGGGUCUAAUGCAUUUACAAGGCAGACCAGUUGCGUCCUUCGAUCCAGAAGGUCUUAUCUUUGCCUGUGGCGUCAACUCGGAACUUAUCAAACUGUACGACUUACGGUCGUUUGACAAGGGUCCCUUCACGACCUUCAGGCUCCAGCAAGAUCGGGACUGCGACUGGACGCAGCUGAAGUUCAGCGCCGACGGCAAGCUGAUCCUGAUAUCCACCAACGGCGCGGUCAUCCGGCUGGUGGAUGCGUUUAGCGGACAGCCCAAGCAGACAUUCAUGGGUCAUCUCAAUCAGAAGGGGUUGUUGUUAGAGUCGUCGUUCAGUCCAGAUGCAAAAUAUGUCUUGUCAGGGUCCCAGGAUGGCAAAGUGCAUGUCUGGAAUGCAGAGAACGGCACCAAGACGGCCGUGCUGGAGUCCAAGCACUGCGAGUCGCCCAUGCACUGCGUCCAGUUCAACCCCAAAUUCAUGAUGCUGGCCACGGCGGCGCAGCACAUGGCUUUCUGGUUACCAAGCAUAGACGAAUGAGAUCCCCCACAGCGUAAUCAUUCCCCAGAAGUAUUAACGGACAAAGCAAGUGCUGCGUCGUGCUGACUAACUCAGUGUGCUUGUUAAGAGCUGUGUUGAAGUCCCGGCUGCGGACAGCCACACCAAAACCAGAGAUGCAAGAACUGUAGGCAAUCUCAGGACACCUCACAGGGUUCAACAAGACAUUGGAGCAUUGCGCUGGAGCGUCCAUUUUUCUUGACAGCACAGUGAUGUUAUUAUUUGGGUCGAGAUGUAUGUACCUCAUCGAAUCAACCGCCACAGAGUACAUCUUCCUUAAUGGCCUGUUAAAAUUUUUUUAUUGGAUCGUAGGCUAGAGUUGUAACUGAAGUGAGGUUUGUCACGGUUUUACAAAAGUGAGGGAACUAACUCAGCCUGGCACGGUUUAAAAGUCAUGAUGAGAAUAAGGUCUAAUUUAGAGACGGACUAUGACACAGUGCAUAGGUUUUUUGGUUUUGUUUUCAUUUUGUAAAAGUUUUUUAAUAUAUUUGUUUAGUUUUGUGGCUACUGAAUUUUAUCCCAGCAGUUUCUGGCCUCUGUACAGUGACAAACUUCAUCAGAAAUCAGAUCUUUGUUGUAGUUGGGUACUUUCAAGGAGGGCACCAAUUUCUUUGCCAAAUAUUGAAUUGGUUAGGAGGGAAAAAGAUGUGGGCCUUGGAGAGUAAAUGCACAAAGGUAAAAUCCCAAAUAAAACGACUUCAGACCGUCACUGUUCAAUGGAAUUUAAUGUUGUGUGAUAAAAGUACUCAAAGUACUUGACCGAUUACUUUUCUCCGUAAAACUGAAGUUUUACAAAAAUGGGAGUGCCUGAUCUUACAUUUCUUUUGUCAUCUUACCUUUGUGCAUUUACCAUGCAUUGCCCUGGUCUCAAGCUUUGUUCCUUCCUAACCAGUUCAAUAUUUGGCAGUGAAUUUUGCACUCAAAGUACUCAAUUACAACACUAACGAAAACCAGAUGAAGAAAAAACUGUUUCUUUUGCAAGUGGGCAAACCUGUCUACUGACUCAUAAAGUAUGUGAUCAAGGUGAGACUAAUAGCAGAACUGGCAUACAGUGUACCUGUGAGUGAGCACGUUAUGUCAUGUGUAAGCCAUGUGAAAUGUAAAUAUGUAUAUGCUAAAACUUUAGCUUAGAAAUGACUUGACAGGUGAACAGUGUUGUAAGCAAGGAAUAGCAUCAUUCGCAACACAAGGCUCCAGAGUAUACCCAUGAAAAUGUCAACUAUAUUGUGAGGCCCUGCGCCAGAUGUAAGCGUUUCCUGCAUUGUUUAUUUAAAUCAAUCUCGGAUGUUGAUCCAAGUGUCAUGCCAGUUGAUUUCAAUUUUUAAUUUAUAUGUCUGAGGGGUGCAUUUUGGGAAGUUUCUGAUGUUGGCAUGGGGUGUCACUGCUUGAUGUGAUGUUGGUGUUUUAGUGAUAGAAUAGGAUGUAUUAGUCUGAACGUACAUUGUCGGCUCGAGUACAUGUACAUGAAUGGAAAAAUUGUGUACAGAUGUCUUUAUCUUCUGUCAAAUACAAAGUUUGUUAGACUCGGUACAAGGAAAAAAAAAUCACAAUAAUUACUCAACGAA